ACCAAAGCACAUGGAAAGCAAUGGUAGGGCCUGCUCCUCUCCACCUCCCUGGAUGGCUGUGGUUAGGCCACAAUGGCCAGGCACCAACUUUGAAGUACCACUACCUGAUCGUUCCUCAUCAGCUACACUCAGACUACGUAUUCUAACCUUAGCACCUCGCUCUCUGAUGCCCUUCACUUUGAUUCUUCCUGUCUACCCAAGAUUACAAACCCUGCCCUCUCCAAGAUCAAAUACACCAAGUCCUCAUGUACCAGGGAAAUGUUAAUAUACAUCACACAGACACCCAGCCGCCAAAGUUCUUCUCCUCGGUAGGCUAUAAAUGCCUGGCCAUGGCACCUGCAUGGUUUCUCUACACGACACACCAUCGCUGCUACUCCUCUCCACCGGCAAACUUCUGCUGCAGUCAAGAACCUAACACACUUGCUCGCUCUAACUCUCGCUUUCCUCCAGCAGAAUGGCCGUGAAUCAUCUCUCCCAGGAGCACCCCCAGGCCUGGCCCUGGGGCGUAGCCAUGUACACGAACCUACACUACCACUGCUGCUACGAGAGGGAGCACCUGUUCGAGAAGCUCCUCACACCAAGUGAUGUGGGGAAGCUCAACAGGCUGGUGAUCCCCAAGCAGCAUGCCGAGAGGUACUUCCCCCUCGGCGGCGACUCUGGCGACAAGGGCCUGAUCCUGUCUUUCGAGGAUGAGGCUGGCAAGCCAUGGCGGUUCCGGUACUCGUACUGGACGAGCAGCCAGAGCUACGUGCUCACCAAGGGCUGGAGCCGGUACGUCAAGGAGAAGCGCCUUGAUGCCGGCGACGUUGUGCACUUUGAGGGGAUGCGUGUUCUUGGCAUGGGCGACCGUCUGUUCAUUGGUUACAGGCGCCGCGGUGAGAGUGCAACGGCGGCAGCGGCAUCACCACCCGCUGUGCGCAUAGCGGCGGCCGCGCAGAGCGCCGGAGAGCAGCAGCCAUGGAGCCCAAUGUGCUACAGCACAUCAGGCUCGUACCCAACCAGCCCGGCCAAUUCCUAUGCCUACUACCGUCACUCAGUGGACCAUGAUCGCAGCAACAUGCACCAUGCAGGAGAAUCCCAGUGGGACAGAGACAACAGGAGUUGCAGUGCGGCAUCAGCACCGUCGAGGCAGCUCCGGCUGUUUGGCGUGAACCUCGACUGCGGACCGGAGCCAGAGCUGGAGACAGCAACGGCAAUGUACAGCUACAUGCACCAGAGAGCCUACGCUGCAACAUCUCCACUGCCCAAUAACUGAUAGUACUGCAAAACAACGCAUCAUAAACAUUCCUCUAGCUAAUAACGAGUUAGAACUCGAUAUGACAGAGGCAGUCCAUAACAUGAUGAGGAGAUCUGAGGUCAUGCUUGAAGAAUCCAAACAGCCAAGUGGUUGCUAGCAGCCUGGUAUUACUUGCACUAAGUGACAGGUCUGAAUUGACCUGUGGAGGAAAAGGAAGGAAGUGGAGAGAUUUCUUGUUUCCUGGGCAAUCUUCCUUCCAUCCCCAGACUCCUUUUGCUGUUUUAUUUCUCUUUUUCCUUGGCUUCAGAAACCCUACUUACUGUGCGGGAUCUGGCAGCAGACAUGCGUGGGAGGUUUCAGGAAGCAUCAAGUUGAAAAGGAGAGGAGGGGGAGACAGGCAGAGAUGUGUAUGUAUGUGUCAUCUGUACCUGCGUGGGUCCAAGAACAAACUGUGAAGUUGAUGUAUCCAGACCUGCCUCUUGAAGAAACAAAGCAAUAUCCCCAUGGGGAUUUUGCUCUCUCCCCCUUCUCCUCUCUUCUACUGUUCUAGAGUUCAAGCAAUCGAUUGGUGGUGCACUGCUUUCACUUCACGCAAUCCAUAGCUUCACAUAAAAGGGUAAGCAGGGAGUGCGAAAGCAAUGUAUUCCACCUUUUCUUAAGAAACAACAUUAGUGUAGGAAUGUUGCUUUGGAAAAUGUUAUAGGAGAAAUUUGCCCUUUCAGAGUUAUGCCCAAAUUUGUGUUGUUUCCUC